AUGGAAUUCCGGACUUUGAGGCUAUCUACGCGUUGGGGGACUGCCCGGCUUGUGUGGUGGCUGCCCGGUUUGGGCAUGUGGCUGAGACCACGUGCGCGCAUACUAAAUCGGGCAGGAGAGCCAAACAGCGCCACAGUGUUCGACUCGCGUCGUGCUCUCUCCACUCGCUCUUCCUUCCUCCUCGUCGCCCGUCUCGUCGUGCUCUUCGACCCCUCCGCCGUGCUCGCCGUCUCCUCCGCCGCGCUCGCCGCCUCCGCCGCGCUCGCCGCCUCCCUCGUGCUCGCCGCCUCCCUCGUGCUCGCCGUCUCCUCCGCCGCGCUCGCCGCCUCCCUCGUGCUCGCCGCCUCCCUCGUCGUCGCCGCCAUCACCCUCUCCGUUGGGUGCCGAUGCCGUGAUAGCUGCAUUCGCAGGUCGUUGGUCGCCGCGUCUCCCUCAUUCCCUCUCCAUCGCUCGCCGCCCGUCUCCUCGUCGCCCCCGCGCUUCUCCGCACACGCUGCGGUCGCCGACGCUGGUUGGAGUUGGUUAGGGGUUUAG